CGGCCGCACGGCCGCACAGCCGAGAGGACGCGCUGUCCCGUCCGGCAGAACAAGUGCGGGCGUCCUCGGAACUGCAGCCGGGUUGGGGUUGCACCACCCAGCCUGGGACAAUGGGGAGGAAAAAAAUCCAGAUCUCACGCAUUCUUGACCAAAGGAACCGGCAGGUGACAUUCACCAAGCGGAAGUUUGGGCUGAUGAAGAAGGCCUACGAGCUGAGCGUACUCUGUGACUGUGAGAUUGCCCUCAUCAUCUUCAACAGCGCCAACCGCCUCUUUCAGUAUGCCAGCACAGACAUGGAUCGCGUGCUGCUGAAGUACACGGAGUACAGUGAGCCCCAUGAGAGCCGCACCAACACUGACAUCCUCGAGACACUGAAGCGGAGGGGCGUGGGCCUUGAUGGGCCAGAACUGGAGCCAGACGAGGGGUCUGAGGAGCCAGGAGAAAAGUUGCGGAGGCUGGCGGGUGAUGGGGGCAACCCAGCUCUGCCCCGACCCCGCCUUUAUCCAGCAGCCCCCACUAUGCCCAGCCCAGACAUGGUAUAUGGGGCCCUCCCCCCACCGGCCUGUGAACCCAAUGGGCUCGGGGAGGCCCUGCCUGCCCAAAGUCGCCCAUCCCCCUUCCGGCCAACAGCCCCCAAAGCUGGGCCCCCAGGCCUGGUGCAUCCUCUCUUCUCCCCGAGCCACCUCGCCAGCAAGACACCACCCCCAUUGUACCUGGCAGCGGAGGGCCGGAGGCCAGACCUGCCUGGGGGCUUGGCUGGGGGCUGCGGAGGGCUGAGCACCUCGAGAGGCCUCUACGGCAGCCUGCAGAGCCCAUGCUCAGCCACAACCUCGGGACCCCCACUUGGGGGCUUCCCUUUCCUCCCCGCUGGCCCCCCAGGUAGGCACCACUACCCUGUCUGCUGCAGGAGUCAUCCACACACCUGCCCUCCGGCGGUCCACACUCCCCCACCCACUGGGACUGAAAACUGGCUUGUGGGAAGGGUCAGGCUUGGGCCGGGGUCUCCCUGAGCUCUAGGACUCAGUCCACCCCUUCUGCCCCCUAGAAUAUGGUCUAGGAGACCCUCCACCGCCCCCUGGCUUGCUGCAGCCCCCUG